AUGGAAUUUUUGCGAACAUUCAGUUGCCCAGGCCGGAAAUGGAAGACGAGGACUACGACAAGAAGCUGGAAGCGCCGGCAGCGGAAUAAGGAGGCCGCGGCUAGGUGCAGGCAGCGCCGGCUAGAGUUGAUGCAUACGUUGCAAGAGCAAGUCGACAAGCAAAAGGACGAGAACCGCAAGAAGGACAAUCAGAUCAAGGAGCUGGAAGAGCCAGGAGAGGCAGGC